AUGGGCUUAGACUUGGACGCUUGCAUUUCUCAGCUUCUUCAAAAGCAACUGUUAGCAGAGUCUCUUAUCAAAGAAAUUUGUGAAAAGACUAAAGAGCUGUUAAUGAAUGAAAGCAAUUGUGUUUCAAUUUCAGCGCCUGUCACCGUCGGCGAUAUUCAUGGGCAAUUUUAUGAUCUUAUAGAAAUAUUUCGGAUCGGAGGGUAUUGCCCAUCUACAAAUUAUCUCUUCCUUGGCGAUUAUGUGGAUAGAGGACUCUUUAGCGUGGAGACGAUAUCUCUGUUGACAUGCCUGAAAUUACGUUAUCCUCACAGGGUUCAAUUGGUUAGAGGAAAUCAUGAAUCAAGAGCCGUUACCCAGACCUACGGAUUUUAUACUGAAUGCGUAAGAAAAUAUGGUUCAACAAACGUUUGGCAUUAUUUUACAGAUAUGUUUGAUUAUCUCACGUUAUCGGUUGUAAUUGAUGACAGGAUUUUCUGCGUACACGGAGGAUUAUCGCCUUCAAUACAUAGUAUUGAUCAAAUAAAAAUCCUUGAUAGAUACAGAGAGAUACCACACGAAGGCCCAAUGGCAGACUUGGUUUGGUCUGAUCCUGAUCCAGACAAAGAUGAAUUUGCCAUUUCACCAAGAGGUGCUGGCUACACUUUUGGGGGUUUAGUUGUCAAGAAGUUUCUUGAAAUAAAUAAUAUGGAACAUAUUCUUCGUGCGCAUCAACUUUGUAUGGAAGGAUAUCAGGUUCUCUAUGAUGAUCGUUUAUCAACUGUAUGGUCUGCACCUAAUUACUGUUAUCGUUGUGGAAACAUGGCUUCGAUCUUAGAAGUUGGUGUAGAUGGACAGAGAUUUUUUAAUGUGUUUGAUGCUGCACCUGAAAAUGACAGAGAUGGUCCUUCACAACAAACUUCUUUAGAGAAAAAAGUAAGUGAUAACGUGUAUAUAACUUUUUUUUUUUAUUUAGUCUAA